AUGGUUUGCGGUGCUCAAGCUGAAGCCUACGAUGAUGUACACAUCGAGCAGCGCUCCUCGCAGCUGUCUAUAGUUGGAUCGAAAUACACUUUGAUAUCACCAUAUAAGAUUAUUACAGCCAGUCAUCAGCGAUUAUGUCAGGGAACUAAGAUUAAUUAA